GAUAGAAAAGAGACUUGAAACCCCAAAAUAAAAAUAAAACCCUAAAUCCCCAAAACCAGAGAGACAGUGAAGAACCUCUCCAAACUCGUAACCCUAGUUUAGAUUUCGUUUACAUUACACCAUAUAUAUAUAUAUAGAUAUAUAUACACGCAUCCUCCCACGGCCAGUGUUUUGCUUUUUCUUCUUUGAAUUGUUUCUUUCUCUCGCUCUCUUCCUCGAACCUUCUCGAUCCGUCGGAGGCAUAAAGCUUCUCACUUUCCGACUCCUCUGUGCCCUAAUUUGAGGUUCAGUGACCGGAAGCCCCAAACCGGACGGGGUGGGCAGUUUCGUAAAUUGGCUCAAUUGGGAGGUCAAAUUCGCGCGCGGUGCUAUUGAGCAUUGGGUUCGUGAAGCUCAAUCAGUCCAAUUGGGGUUUCGGGUUUCUGAAUUGGCAGCUGCUUUGAGCUUUUGGGCUCACCAGACCAGUAAGCAAGAGGAGGAGGGAGGAAGAAAGAGUUGGAUUUACUAAUUUGUCCUCCCUGAUCUGGUGUUGUACCAGUUGAAGACCGAUUCGGGAUUCAUGUCAGAGUUGAUAACUGGUCACCAUUUCAUGAGACAUUGACCCAUGGAUCCUGAAGGAGCAAAGUUUGGAAGAGGACCAAGAGAGCUGACUGGUGCCGUAGAUCUCAUAACUCACUACAAAUUGCAUGCACACCAUGAGUUUUUCUGCAAGCGUUCGCUUCCUGUAUCAAUUUCAGACACACACUAUAUCUACAAUGUGGUGGGAGACACAGAAAUCAGGAAAGGAGAGGGAAUGCAAUUGGAUCAACUUAUUCAGAGUACAUAUUCCAGGGAUACUAAACCUCGGAUACAGCCUUUUGAUCUAGAUAGUCUCAGAGAGGCCUUCCAAUUUAAAGAGACUGCUCCUGUUGAUUUACCAGCUGCAGAUAAGGGGACUCCAACUAUUGCCGGGAAAUCAAAGAGUGGGUCUAAAGAUAAGGAGAGGAAACACAAAAAGCACAGAGACAAAGACAGAGACAAAGACAAGGAAAAGGAGAAAGAGCAUAAGAAGCACAAACACCGUCAUAAAGAUCGAAGUAAAGAUAAAGAAAAGGAGAAGAAAAAGGAUAAACAUGAUUCGGGCGGUGAGCCCUCAAAGAAACAUGAAAAGAAAAGGAAACAUGAUGGAGAUGAAGAUCUUCCUGAUGUUCAGAGACACAAAAAAAGUAAGCAUAAGAGCUCAAAACUAGAUGAAGUUGGUGUGAUCAAGGUAGCUGGCUGAGUGUUGGAAUGUUUUAGUUAAUUUGUUUUCUUCAAAUGGUUGUCGUUCAUAGUUUGGAGGGGCCUUUCAUCUGAUAUUGUUUUUCUUAAGGUACACACCUUACAUUUCCUGUAAUAUUGAAAUUAGCAUUUCCUGUAUUUUGAAAAAAAAAAAUUAUUUUUCACUGAAGCCGUUAUACAAAGUGGUUCUACAAUUUUUAACUUAUUCCCAGUUUCCUGCACAUUGCAUGUGUCUUUAGAUUACUGAGAUGGGUUGGUCAAUUGCAGUGGGAGGGAAAAUAAUUGAUUUUGAGUAGCCAUUGGU